AGACACGUGGAUCUGAUUCUCUUCUCCGUCUUCUUCCGACAAGCUCGACGGCGACACAGCCAAAGAAACUACGCAUCACCGGUAACGACAGAGAUUGCUUUUGCUUCUGAGAGAAAUGGCGUUAAGGCAGAAGUUAGGAUGGUCAGAAGGAGAUCUGAUGAGAUCAGAUGCUAAGCCAUGUUCAAGACUGAUGAAACAAACAGCUGCCAUUUUCACUGUUGGUGGAGCUCUUGGUUUCUGGGUUCUUUGCAGACUUCACUAUGGUCCAAGGAUCACAGUGCCAAGGAGUCUGCGGUGGGCUGGGUGUGGUGCUUUGUCCGUAAGCACAUCAACUGCAAUGCUUGUCCGUCUCUUCAGCCCUGAAUGUGAACCACAAAACAUUGCUGCAUAUGAUAACAUCAAAACCCCUCAAGCUUCACUCCCUUAAACCCCAUCAUAAUCUGGCUUUACCUAUGAUGUGUAUGGACCUCAUCUUCUGUACAUUUUCUUGCAGUACAUGAAUUUAGGUAACUAUUUAUAAUACUACCAAAUUCUGUCACUUUUUGUUUCCUUUAGAAAUUAUGGUGUAUUUUUUCAUAUAGCCUUUAGGUUGAUAGAGUUAAGAGUAUCAUCCUAUGCUCCUCUCUCAUUUUCGUGUGUGUUUGAUUAUGAGUGUAGUGUAAUUGGCCAUUGGUCACACUCUUUUGGGAGAGUGUUUAGCUUUCUAAAGCUUUUGCUGUCGAAGGGAAGACCUUUGGAUUUAUUUGGAGGGUUGGGUCUCACUAUCCCCUCAAACUAGUCAUAGGUGGAAUAUCCACACCGAGGUUGUGACUUCAUGGAGAUGCCUGCUAGUUAAAUAUGUGUAGGAAUAUGUUUGAUCACCAACAAACCUAAUGCUACCAUUUCUCGAGCAUAAUUAAUUAAUUAAUUAUAAUCGACAUCAAUGUGUUUUGAAUGUGAGUAAAGAGCUAGGAUUUCAGUGAUAUUGUCAUAUAGACACAGCAUAUAAGCCUGUGGUAUUAUAAUGUCAU